GUCUUUGAAGUUCUACGUUUUCGUUCUCAGUGUUCAACUUUCUUCUCCCUUAAAUUAUUAUAAACUUUUGCUGCUGUUUAAACGUGAAGAUGUCUCGCAGUCCUGAUGUGAAGGAAGACCCUGUGGAAUGUCCUCUCUGUAUGGAGCCUUUGGAGAUAGAUGAUAUCAACUUUUUCCCUUGCACCUGUGGCUACCAGAUUUGCAGAUUUUGCUGGCAUCGAAUUCGCACUGAUGAAAAUGGGCUUUGUCCUGCGUGUAGAAAGCCAUAUCCAGAAGAUCCAGCAGUUUAUAAACCACUCUCCCAGGAAGAACUGCAAAGAAUAAAGAAUGAAAAAAAACAGAAACAAAAUGAGAGAAAACAGAAAAUAUCAGAAAAUCGCAAACAUUUGGCUAGUGUACGUGUUGUGCAAAAAAACCUCGUCUUUGUUGUAGGUCUGUCUCAGCGCCUCGCAGACCCAGAAGUUUUAAAACGACCAGAAUAUUUUGGGAAGUUUGGUAAAAUACAUAAAGUUGUCAUCAAUAAUAGCACAUCAUAUGCAGGCUCACAGGGUCCAAGUGCCAGUGCUUAUGUCACCUAUAUCCGAUCAGAAGAUGCUCUCAGAGCCAUACAGUGUGUCAACAAUGUGGUGGUAGAUGGCAGAACACUUAAGGCAUCUCUAGGUACAACAAAAUAUUGCAGUUACUUUUUAAAGAAUAUGCAGUGUCCAAAACCUGACUGCAUGUAUCUACAUGAAUUGGGGGACGAGGCGGCCAGCUUCACAAAAGAGGAAAUGCAGGCGGGUAAGCACCAAGAAUAUGAACAGAAGCUACUUCAAGAAUUAUAUAAAUUAAAUCCCAAUUUUCUUCAGUUAUCUACGGGUUCAGUUGAUAAGAAUAAGAACAAAGUGACCCCACUACAGAGGUAUGAUACCCCCAUUGAUAAACCUUCAGAUUCUCUCAGUAUAGGGAAUGGUGAUAAUUCCCAGCAGAUAUCUAAUAGUGAUACGCCUUCACCACCACCUGGUUUAUCAAAAUCCAAUCCAGUCAUCCCCAUCAGUUCAUCCAAUCACAGUGCACGGUCUCCUUUUGAAGGGGCAGUGACUGAGUCACAGUCGUUAUUUUCGGACAACUUUCGCCAUCCCAACCCUAUCCCAAGUGGGCUUCCUCCUUUCCCCAGCUCCCCACAGACAUCCAGUGACUGGCCUACAGCACCAGAGCCACAGAGCCUCUUCACAUCAGAAACAAUCCCUGUAUCAUCCUCUACAGACUGGCAAGCAGCAUUUGGCUUUGGUUCUUCAAAACAACCAGAGGAUGACUUGGGUUUUGAUCCCUUUGAUGUCACUCGAAAAGCCUUAGCAGACCUGAUUGAAAAGGAACUGUCAGUCCAAGACCAGCCUUCCCUUUCGCCCACAUCUCUUCAGAACUCCUCGUCUUCACACACUACGACGGCCAAAGGUCCAGGUUCUGGAUUCCUGCAUCCUGCUGCACCUACAAAUGCCAACUCUCUCAAUAGUACCUUUUCAGUCUUGCCACAGAGGUUCCCUCAAUUUCAACAGCACCGAGCGGUUUAUAACUCAUUCAGUUUUCCAGGCCAGGCAGCCCGCUAUCCUUGGAUGGCCUUUCCACGCAAUAGCAUCAUGCACUUGAACCACACAGCAAACCCCACCUCAAAUAGUAAUUUCUUGGACUUGAAUCUCCCGCCACAGCACAACACAGGUCUGGGAGGGAUUCCUAUAGCAGGGGAAGAAGAGGUGAAGGUUUCGACUAUGCCACUGUCAGCCUCUUCCCAUUCAUUACAACAAGGACAGCAGCCUACAAGUCUCCACACUACUGUGGCCUGACAACAGAACUGAAAGGAGAGGAUUAGACUCUGGGGUGCUUGCAUGGGCAACCGGAUUUUUGCAUGAUUCCUUUCUGAUUUUGCAUUUAAUGUAUACACCCAAAAGAGCCAAUAUAAACGUUCCUCAUGCCUACAACUAGUGUGUUACCUCAUAGUUGCUAAAGUAUUUCUUCAUUAGGCCUUUAACACCAUUUAUUAGCAUAAUUUUGGCAUUGUUUCUCAUGAGUGAUAAUAUUCUUAACUCCUACAAAUAAACUUGUAGUUCUAAUUAAGAUCCCAGAUGAGAUUAGCUAGAAUUGUUCUUAUUUUGGCUCUAUUAUUGAAAAUAUACAAAGGUAAUGGUAGUUCUUUGUUUUUUGAUCUGUGAAAAAAAUGGUAAUAUUCUAAUAUACUCAUGAAAAUUUGAAAAUCAAGAAGAUAAUGUCUAUUGCAUUCUUUGAAUACCUGAGAAGAAUACAUAUAAAACAAAAUUGGUGGUGUCAUUUAAUGCUCAGAGGAUGUUGUCAGAAAUUGUUUUUAGUUGUAUGGAUUAAUGUCCAAUAUUAUGCAUUACAUGUUUAGAAACUGUUUUUGUUCUCUUAUUUGCACAUUUGCACUUUCUUUUUGAAUGGUUGUUAAUUAUACAUAGAUGGUUAAAAGAUAAUUAUUAUAGACUACAUGCAAUAUACUAUCUUUUCUAAUGCACUGCCUAGUAUACCAGGAAAUGCCUCAGAAACAGAAUUUUAACUUAGUUGAUUUAUCAGAAACUUGAAUAUGGGGGUACAUAUUGUGUGUGAGAAGCAACUAUACUAGUACAAUAUUUUUAUUGAACAAACCAUAGUUCUGUGGGAUACCUGUUUGGAAAUUUCACUGUUUAAUAAUUUAAAAUGUGAUAAUAAAACUAUAUCACAAGUACACUUGAUCAGAAUGAGACUUAAGGUGAAAGAGAAGAAAUUGGGAUCCUCUAAAAUUAGGCCUUGUAACUUGUCAUAGAUCAUUUCAGUUAAUCUCAGAGAAUAGUGGAGUACUUAUUAGGAUCUAAUGUGAAGCACUGUUUUUUGGAUAAUUCUUAGUAUUUUGAAGUAGGUUUAAAACUGAUAAUGAAAGAAACGACUCAAUUCUGAGUAGUGGGUGAAAGCUGAUUCCUAGAGCCUGGGGCUGUAUUCUGCCUAACUUGAGCUCUGGGGAGCAAAAAGAAAGUCCUAUCUUUUGAGGCUUGUGGGGGGAAAAGAGGAAAAGAAAAAAAUCGUUGUGAUAAAAGAUAUGCCUAAUUAAAAAUAAAAAGGUAACGCAAGUACUAAAAGGGAAGGCUGAAGAGUUAAAAUAACAGUAAGCUUUGGGAGGAGAUGAUAACUUAAAAAUCAUGUUGGAAUUGGAGUUUUUGAGGUCACCUGUAAAAACUAGUUACUCUCUACUAGGUAGAAUGCUACAGAUUAAAUGACUUUGUCCAAGGUAUGGUGGAAUAUAUUAAAAAUCUAAGCUCUCCUUCAAUUUAUUUAACUGAGGUUAUACAAGAGCUAAUUAUGUAGUCAUUUCAAUUGUUUUUAUAAAAUUCCACAUAAAUGACAAUCUGCUUCUGGAAAGUGACUUUAGGGUGGGAAUCAUUAUAAGAAUUUCAGAGAAAUAUGAAUAAAAAUCCAGUAGGCUUAUAGAAAGAAGCCUUUAUCAUGGGUUGAUUGUGGUUUCAUUUUUGCUCUAAGAAGCCAAGAAGUCCUAUUGAGGUCUCCUGUGGUGCUAAGGCUCCUGGAUUCUUACCACUUUUGGUUCCCUGCAAUGACACUUUCUAGUCCGUAGCUUUCUCAGGCUUGAUUGCAAGCCUCUCAUCGCCUGGAUAUCUUAGAGUGCUCCGAGGCGCUUCGCUCCCAUUUACUCAGUUGUGAGAAAAACCUGUGGUAACUUGCUCUGGCGCGCCCUCUCCCCUCUUUUCUCUUCUUUCUCUCUCUCUCUCUCACCCUUCCUUUCUCUCCCUUUCCCUCCACUUCAUCUCUCUCUCACUCUCUCUCUCUCUCUCUCUCUCUCUCUCUCUCUCUCUCUCACACACACACACACACACACACUUUCAUACACACACAUUUUUAGUGCUCGCCAGUCCUCUGAGUAGAUUCCCAGAACUUUUCCCUUGCCCGCUGUUUUUCCCUUCGCACUUCCACAUACCCCAUACAUUGGAAAAAGACUUCUUGGCCAAUUAGACUUCCGUUUAUAUAUUUUCACAAAGAAUGGCUCAAGGUUAUCUAUCAUUUCUCUAACUUGGUAAAUUACAGAUUAUUGUAUGCUUAAUAAUAAGCUUAGUAAUUUUGAUUAUUUAAUAUUUGAUAGAGUAUUUUUUUAAAUGAGUUCUUAAAGUCAUAGUCAUGAUUAUACCAAAGUGUAGAAGAAAUUCCACAACACCUGACAAAAAUACUGCUUCACAUAGCAAGUAAAUUGGUGAAAUCAAUGAUAGUAAAGAAUGAGUAAUUCUUUAACGUUUCAAAUUAAUUUUUGAUAAAUUCUGUAUGAUCUGUCACACACAGGGAAGCUUUAUAUGCUUUUUAUAAUCUUAACCUUUAAAAAGUGACACAAGUCUAUUUAAAUCAGGAAUUUUUAACCUGGAUUUUAGAACUCUUUGAAAAGUACGUGCAAAGUUAGUUUUUGUGUGUAUAUACAUAUGUCCAGCUUUUUCUCAGAAAAGAUUCACAAUUACUAGAUUUGUAAAGUGUCUGUAGACACCCCCAAGAAAGAAAAAAAACUGUUGCCAUAAAAUGUCUUUAGUGCCACUAUAGGAAAUAGAGACUUGGAUUGAAUGAUUUGAGUUAUAUGGUGAAUGUGAAGUGCCUCUUUAUUUUCUUGACAAAUCCAUUAGUAAAUAUUUCUGGUUAGUAAUACUUCCUUUUUCAUUCUACUGUUGCAUUUUGUUUUUCCAGGUGGUGCUUUUGUAUACUGUCCCCUUAUUUCAAGAAAGCAUUUAUUAAAUAUUUGAGUGCCUAUUCUGUGUAGUGACCUGAGCUAGGUCUUGAGGGAUACAAGGUUGAAUAAAGUACAAACCCUGCCAUCAAGGAAAA